ACUCUUUGUAGAAAAGGGAAAGAGAGAGAAAGACUAUGAAGCAACACCCUAUUUUGAGUUAUAAUACACACAGACACACUAUCAAUUUAUAUGAAUUCAUCAAUUUCUCUCUUGAAAAAGACUUGUACCUUCCCCUUUCGCUAUGCUUCUUCUCUCUCUCCCCUCUCUCCCGUGAAGCAAGCUUACUCCGCCCAACCCCACUAACUACUUCUAUGUCUAUCACACACUAUUAAUUUUUCGUGGAUGCCUCUUCUCAAACUGUUAUGUGGGAUUAGAUUGAUGAGUUGUGGUUAUUAAGGUAUGUGCAACUUGUUUGAGCAAAUAUGGAUUUGAUAAUAUAAGUUUUAUAUUUGUUAAUUGGCUGUCAAAUUGUCAAUUUUUAUGCUUAGGAGUAGUGUAGGAAAAUUGGGAAAUUUUUUAAUUUUGGGUAAAUUAAUUGUGGAGGGAAGUGGGCAUGGUGGGCAAAGAAGAUGAAAGUGGUUCAUGGGGUCAGUAUCAAGUUUGUAACAAUGCCCCCAAAAAGUUUUGGAGGUCUGCUUCGUGGUCUUCAUCUAGAACUGCUACCCAUAACCCUGAUAAUGACGAUAAAGAUAACGUCGAUAUAAAUGGGAGUUCUGCGUAUAAUGGUAUUCAAGCCCGGAGGUUCCCUGCUCCAUUAACUCCUCGUUCCCAACAGAAUUGUAAGGCUAGAUCAUCUUUGCCCCCACUACAACCACUUGCCAUUGCUCGAAGGAGCUUGGACGAAUGGCCAAAGGCUGGCUCAGACGAUAUAGGAGAGUGGCCUGGACCACCCACCCCUAGUGGCAGGGAUGUGAAUAAGGGUGCGGAAAGGUUGAAGCUCGAUAUGUCUGUUAUUCAGACGAAUUCAGAUAGGAAUGGGGGAUUUGUUAAGAAAGAUAAAAUUGCAUUUUUUGAUAAAGAAUGUUCAAAGGUGGCGGAGCACAUUUAUCUUGGAGGUGAUGCUGUUGCUAAGGAUAAGGAUAUACUGAAAAAGAAUGGGAUUACCCAUGUGCUUAAUUGUGUGGGUUUUGUUUGCCCCGAGUAUUUCAAAGCCGAGUUUGUUUAUAGAACGUUGUGGCUUCAGGAUAGUCCUUCAGAAGAUAUUACUAGCAUACUUUAGUUUGACUAUUUUGAAGAUGUGAGGGAGCAGAGAGGAAAGGUUUUUGUCCAUUGUUGUCAAGGUGUAUCUCGAUCUACAUCGCUGGUGAUUGCUUAUCUUAUGUGGAGAGAGGGGCAGAGCUUCGAUGAUGCAUUUCAAUAUGUAAAAGAAGCUAGGGGUAUUGCUGACCCAAAUAUGGGUUUUGCUUGCCAAUUGCUGCAAUGCCAGAAAAGAGUUCACGCCUUUCCUCUCAGUCCAAGCUCAUUAUUGAGGGUGUACAGGAUUGCACCCCAUUCUCCAUAUGACCCCUUACAUCUUGUCCCUAAAAUGUUGAAUGACCCGUCUCCUUUGGCCCUUGAUUCUAGAGGCGCAUUCAUUGUACAAAUGCCAUCUGCAAUUUAUGUUUGGCUGGGCAAGAACUGUGAAGUUAUAAUGGAGAGGGAGGCAAGAGGUGCUGUGUCUCAGAUUGUGCGAUAUGAAAGAGUACAGGUGCCUGUCCAUGUAAUCAAGGAAGGUGAGGAGCCAUCCUCUUUUUGGGAUAUCUUCUCUGAUUUUGUCAUGGACAAAUAUGCUAAUGGUGUUAAGCACGAGGAUGCUAAAAUGCAGCCCGGUGACAGGAAAGUAGACUCAUAUGAUGUUGAUUUUGAGAUAUUUAAGAAGGCGAUUAAUGGGGGUUUCGUGCCAGCCGUAGCAUCAUCAGAGACUGAACAUGAAACACAUCUUCCUGCGCGGGAGAACAGUUGGAGUGUGUUGAGACGCAAGUUUGCAUCCUGUCAUAUGAAGGAGUUUGUCUUAGCUCCCAAGUCAAUUGUCAAUAGACUUUACUUAGAUUCUAGGCUGAAUGGUCAUGGAGAUAGUAUUGUUUCCAAUAAUUCACGUAUCUCUGAUGUUACACUGGCGUCCUCAACAUCCUCAUCACCUUGUUCUUUGUCAUCAUUAUCUUUAGCAUCAUUAUCACCUCAUCUUUCUCCAGACUCCAUCUCCUCUGAUUCAAGUAAUAACUCAAAGUGUUCCUUAAAUUCUCCUUCAGAGUCACCCUUGUCAUUAUCACCAGCUGUAUCUGCAUUCUCUAACAUGUCUCUCUCAUCUAAAACUUCUACAAAUGAAUCUAACCAUCCAGGCUACAUUGAGGUUGACUUUGGCUCACAUCCUUUAAGAUCCACCAAUUUACCUUCUAGAAGAUCACCUUUGUCACUUGCAGAGCGUAGAGGUAGCUUAUCCAGAUCCCUGACUUUGCCAAUUGUGUCUGGUGAUGGAAGGAUGCAAGAACCUGCUGAAGAGCUCUUUGUUGAUAAACAAAAUGGUAAUGUAGAUGAUAAUACCUGCUUUUCGUUUGAGCUAGACAAGGGAGGAAUGAUUGCAGAUUGCAAGAAUGCUUCUCUUGAAAAGCAUCUUGACUCUGGUAAUUUAGCAAGCAAAUGCAGUCCACAUCUAAUGGAUUCUAUUGUAACAAGUGUUUGUGAUAUGAUGAGAGGAAACUCUACUCCAAGUAUUAUCGCAGGGGGUGUGUCAAUGAUUUCCACAAAUUGUGACUCCGAUCGACCUUGUGUUUACCGCUUACCCAGUCUGGAGAAGGUAUCAGUAUCCGGAGCAUUUGAGCUAGAUUCAAGUUCAGCCUUUAUUAUCACGGCUCCUGGGAAAGUUACAUGCCCGAUCAACAAUAUUAAUAUCUAUCUCUGGGUUGGCAAGACUUUCAAAUUUGGUCAAAAUCAAGUUCAUGCAAAUAGUAAAGUAAGUGAUGUAGACUUAGCUGACUGGAAGCAAUUUGGUUCAGAUGUUCUGUGUCGCAUGGGUCUCCCUGAAAACACCAACAUUAAGAUUGUCAGAGGAGGAGAAGAACCAGCAGAUUUCCUCGAAGGGUUGAGUACAUUGUAGCAGUACACUAAUCGGGGAAUAUGCUGCUCAUGCAAUACAUCUUUGUUGGGCAUUUCUUUCGAGAAAUAUAGCCACACAAACAUGGGAGCCUGCAUUGUGUUUACAGGGUCUGCUAACAGGAUGUACAGACUACACUCAUGUGAUGCGCUCAAACAUGUUAUUGAGAUACUUACUGACUGAUUUAGUAGACGCUCCUUGUAUAUUCAGGAAUUAUUUAUUACUUAGGAUGGGUCAUUGGCGACCGUUUAAUGCAAAAGUUAUUUCUGCCAAAACGUUCCCGUUAUUUUUCUAUUUAAAGCAUUUGCAAAUUUAUAUUAGGAAAAUUGGGUUCUUUGUGCAA